AUGUGCUUUGGCACGAGCUCUGGACAAUUAAGUCAAUUGGCACACUAUGGUCCUAUUGGUGCCAUCUCUCUGAUAAUAUGGAUAACUAUUAGUGCUUUUAAUUGUCUUACUCAAUGGUUUCCACCGGAUAGUAAAGAUAUAUUAAGUGUGAUUAAUUUUCUCAUUUUUUGGAUAUGGCCUGUUGUGAUCUUUUACAAUUAUUUUCGUGCUGUCUUUGUUGGUCCUGGAUUUGUACCAAAAGGAUGGAGACCAGCAAAAGUUGAAUAUGAAAAAUAUUUACAAUAUUGUGAUGUAUGUGAAGGUUUCAAAGCGCCACGUGCACAUCAUUGUAAGAAAUGUGGUCGAUGUGUUAUGAAACUUGAUCAUCAUUGUCCAUGGAUAAAUACAUGUACUGGUCAUUUGAAUCAUGCAAAUUUUUGUUGGUUUAUGUUCUAUGCUAUACUUGGUUGUACACAUGCAUUAUUAAUGCUUUGUCCAUGUAUAUAUAGAGCACUAUUUGCUCAAUAUUAUAUAUAUGCUCGUAUAAAAAAUGUUCCAAUUAUCUAUUUUACAUUUGUUGGUUUAAUAUCAUCUAUACUUUCCAUUGGUCUUGCACUUGGUGUUAUAUUUGCUGUUGCAUUUUUAUUAGUUGUUCAAUUACGAAGUAUUAUGCGUAAUAAAACAGGUAUUGAAAGUUGGAUAUUACGUAAAGCACGUGAUCGUAAUCAUCGUCGUGCAAAAGAAUUUAUUUAUCCAUAUGAUCUUGGUUUUAAAGAAAAUCUUCGUCAAGUAUUUAAUUGGAGAGAAUCAUAUAAUGUUAUAGGUGAUGGUUUAAUAUGGCCUAUACGUGAUGGUUCGGAUGAGUAUGCAUUAACACGUGAACAAAUUGAACAAAAAAAAGAAAAACGUCAACGUACUGUUCGUUAUGAAGUUGUACAAUCAUUUAAAGGUUCAUUUAUAACAUUACGUUAUGGUUUAUGUACAUGUAUAUGUAUACCUUGUACGGAUGAAACUCGUAUGGCUGUUGAAAAAGGUGAUUAUGUUCUUGUUACACGUUGGGAAAAAUAUUGGUUAUAUGGUGAACGUGUUAUGGCUAAUGAAACAAAUAAAAAUGAUAAUAUUAAAAAUUUUCGACGUCGUCGUCCACGUGGUUGGUUUCCACGUUGUUGUGUAUAUGAAGCAUUUCGAAUGGAAGAUUUAUGGUCAGGAAAAAUCGAACCCGAUAGUGAUGUUGUACGUGCUCAACUAGUUAAUUUUGCUCCUGAAGACUGUGCUGAUAAUGAUGAAGAACAUGUUGAACAAAAUGAAGAAAGUCAAUCAGAUGAUACAACAUCAACAUCAGUAUCAUCAUCAUCAUCAUCAAAAGUAUUAAAACAAAGAAAAAGUCGAAAAGAAGAUUAA